AAAGUGUUUUCAGUUUUAGUUCUGUUAAGAUCUUAAAAUACAUGCUGAAUAUAGACCUUUUAUUGUUAUUUAGAGUUUGCUCUGAUCAGAGAGUUUAAACCUUCUGAGUGUGAUUCAAUCAAAACAUUCUGGACACCCUUCUAAAUAAUACGAAACACAAUAUACUGUUAAAAUAUGUCCGGAUUGAAAAAAAAUAAUAGUCUUCCCUAUCAUUAUUCAGGAAAAUAUACCGGGAGCUAUGCCUAUAAAACCAUUAAAGACAGGUUACCUAUAAUUCUUGUUCAAGUUAUCGAUUCCUUGUGCAGAAACAAAGAAAAAAUUACUGAAUCCUAUGGUGAAGGUGGCUCUGAAGAUAUGAAAAAUGUAAUUGGCCGAUUAUCAUGUCUUCAAAAUGAAAUGGUUACAAACAAGCCAAUUAUACCUUUAUGUGAUGAGUUUGAAGAUACUCAAUUAUGGAAUGAAUUUUUGAAGAAAGAAGAACAACUUUAUGAUUUUACUCCAGCUUGGUUUGACUCAUCUUGGUUGUAUGCUGAAUGUUAUUUCUAUCGCCGAAUAAAGCAAUCAUUUCUACUUAGCUCCUUAUUGAAAGAUUAUGAUCCAUUCCAAGAGCAAAAGAAAGACUCCUUUUUCUCCACCAUGGAUGCUGUCAUAUUUCUGUGUUCUGCAUUAGAUAAAACUAGAAAUGAGUUGAAAAACUGCAAUAAUGAAACUGAAAAAUUCGAUUUAUUCAGAACUUAUUUAGAAGUUUCUCUUUGGGGAAAUAAAUGGGACUUAUCACUAACAGCUGGCAAGAUAAAUACUGAACAGUCUAAUCCCCUUACUGAGCUCAAGGAAUUAAGAGCAAAAAUUCUAGUCAAUGAUACAGAAAAUGCUUAUCAAAUUCUAAAUGAUGCCAAAAAGCACAAAGAGAACGUAAUUGUCGAUUUUGUUCUGGACAAUGCUGGAUUUGAAUUAUUUGGCGACCUCUGUUUCAUUCAUUUUCUGUUGGAUUCUGGGUUAGUGGACCAAAUCAAUGUAUACCCCAAAACAAUACCUUGGUUUGUGUCCGAUACUUUGGUCAAGGAUAUUCACUGGUUGUUAGAAUAUUUAUCUCAAAGCCAUAAUGAAAAUUUAGUUAGAUUUAGUCAGGAAACUUCAUCACGAACCAAAUCUGGAGUUAUAAAUAUUAUAGAGCACAAGUUUUGGACAUUGCCUUACGAUUAUAGUGAAAUGGAAUCUGUGGAUCCUCAACUGUAUCAAAAAUUGUCAGAAAGCGAUCUUGUUAUCUUUAAAGGUGAUUUGAACUACAGGAAGCUAGCAGGUGACCGGCAAUGGGAUGAGACUGUUACGUUUAAGCAAGCCUUAAAUGGCUUUUUACCAACCUCUGUUCUGGCUCUACGCGCAAUUAAAGCAGAUGUGGUGGUGGGACUGAAAUCUGGUACUGAUGAAGAACUUUCACAAAUAUCUGAGAAUUGGAAAUUUAGUGGAGAUUAUGCUCUUGUGCAAAUUUAUAAAAAACAAAAAUGAUUAUUUGUAAAAAAAAAAUAAUUAAGUUUUAAAAAUAUUUAUAAUAAAAUUCAGUUAUUUAUUGUUAAAAUAGUUUUAAUUCCUAAAUUUUAAAUACAAAAAAUUAUGCACUCAGGUUUUUAUUUACUGAAAAAAAUUGAAUUAUCAAGAACAUUAGAACUAAAAACAGAUAUGUUUAUCAAUUUCGGUUUGCUUUAGAGAUUGUUAAGUUAAUGUGUUUUGUGGAGAAUUGCAUUAAAUAGAUCUUCAACUGUAUUUAAAAUAAAACUGAUUAACUUA